AUGGCUCAUAAGUCUCGUCAUUCUCCUGAAAGGUCUGGAAGUUUUUCACCUUCGUUUGUUAGAAAACCACAAAUUGGUCGAAAGGGGAUUCUCAUUUGUGAAAUACCCGUUCCUGUUUCACCACAAACCAAGAAAAGGAGAGCAGAAGAUAUGGCAAAGAAGAUUUCAAAGAAACAAAAGCCACAAAAGAAACAAAGGAAACUGGUGUUGCAAGAAGAUUCAACUGACGAAGAAGUAGUUCCUGACACACCACCUGAAGAUACAAUAUUGGGCCAUUCUUCACCAGUGAGGGAUUUGUUGGAUUAG